AUUACCGCCAGCCGCACUGAGCGAACGCGACAGCGCAACCGCCAUUACUAAUUCCGCGGGAAUUCGAAUCGCGAAAUUUGAAUGUGAAGUUUAUAUUACUUUUAAUUUUUUUUAAUGUACUUUUAAAACAAAAUGAGCUGAUUAUAUUUUUUUUAAGUAGUUUGGACUCUGUGAUUUUGAGACUUUGUUCGCAUUGAAUUGCAUUUUUGUUUUUUAGUAUUUUAGUGUUAGUGCUAGUGUCAUGGCUUACACAUUACAAAUCGUGCUCCUGUUCUGCGGGACGGUGGGCUUAAGUCUCUGCUACUCAGGUCCGGACCUACCACCCGGACCAUACUGCGGUAUCUCCAACACGUGUUGCAAGGACAGGCAGGACGCCUGCUCACAUAGGAUUCUUGACAGCAAAUGCUACUGCGACCAGUUCUGCAACAGGACGAGAGGUCACGAUGACUGUUGUCCCGACUACCCUCAAGUGUGCCUCGGUGAGGUGCCCUCCAAGCCGCUAUAUAACGCCUGCAAGCACGAGAAAAAGUACUAUUUUCCAGGCGACACCGUCAUUAAAGACUGUCAUGUGUGUGAAUGCGUUCAACCACCCAACGGUGACAACUACUGGCAGUGCGACCAGGACCCGUGCAUCAUGAGCGAAGAUGUCCUGCACGGGAUGAGGCAGUCGCGAUUCGGAUGGCGAGCUGCUAACUACUCACAGUUCCACGGCAAAAAGCUCAAAGACGGCCUCAUUUAUAAAUUAGGAACGCUCCCACUUAGCCGCGAGACCGCUCGUCUUGGGCCUAUCAACUUGGACAAGGAGAUCGCAUACCCUCCUCAGUUUGACGCCAGGACCCACUGGAAGGACUACAUCUCACCUAUCGUGGACCAGGGCUGGUGUGGCUCCGACUGGGCCGUGUCACUUGCGACUAUCGUAUCCGAUAGAUUUGCAAUUCAGUCGAAUGGAGCUGAGAAAGUGAUUCUCAGUCCCCAAACCCUGUUGUCUUGUAACGUGAGGUACCAGCAAGGAUGUCGCGGGGGUAACAUCGAUACUGCCUGGAUCUUCGCUAAAAACCACGGGCUGGUUGACGAAGAAUGCUUCCCUUACGAAGCCAAGAUCACUCGUUGCCCAUUCAAUAAGCGCGGUAGUCUGGUGACUGAUGGAUGUAGACCUAUCGUGCCACAGAGGACGUCGAGGUACAAGGUCGGACCCCCCGGCAGGCUCAUCAAGGAACACGAUAUCAUGUACGAUAUUAUGCAGUCAGGGCCUGUGCAAGCCGUCAUGACAGUGUACCAAGAUUUCUUCCACUACCGCGAUGGUAUCUACCGCCGCACGAGGUUCGGGAACAACGAGCUGAAGGGACUCCACAGCGUCAGGAUCGUUGGAUGGGGAGAAGAGAAUGGACAGAAAUAUUGGAUUGUCGCCAACAGCUGGGGUACCGAAUGGGGUGAAAACGGUUACUUCCGCAUCGCCCGCGGCGAGAACGAGUCUGACAUCGAGCGGUUUGUCGUCACCGUCCUGAGUGACGUCACAGAAGCUUACCUCCGCAAAUAACACAGGACCCACCUGGUCUUCCCUCUUUGUGUGACCACCAAACUGGUGAAAACCAACAGAGGGUACAUACUAUUGAACAGUACCAGGGAUUUUGGUUAACGAAAAUAUUUAUGAGAUAAAUAGAUCAUUGCAGACGUGUGUGUUCACAUUUAUAUAAACUACGUUGUGUCUAAAAGUGUAGACUUAUAAUUGGCUUUUUGUAAACUAAAUUAUAGUUACUGCAGAUGGAUAUAGCUGUAGUCUUUCAUGUUGUCUUAAAUAAAUUAAUAAGGAAUUUAUAUCAGUAGCUUGCUAUGAUUUCUUCAAGGAUUUCUGUUGUAAGAGCGAUACGUACAUAUUGUAGAGUGCCAUCUCGCUUUGACAAUGGAAGUAGAGUUUCAUAAGCGUAGCAUUUAGUAGAACUUCAGUAAAAAUGGACCCAGUAGAUGUCUUGCCAUCGUGCCUUCCUCUUUACCCUACAUAUCAUGUUGAAGUACACACUGUAUAGAGUAUAGAAAAAGUAAUUAGUCCGUCAGGUGGAUUUUUAAAAAUAUUGAAUACUUUUUUGAGUUAAUAUUGCUAAGUAAAUCGCAUCAAAGAUGGUGAAACAUAUGGAUGUGGAACGUAAAAACGUCACUUGUCAGUAAAGAGUACCGAUAAGUGUCGUCACUUUUACUUUUUUGACGUUAAGAGAUGAAAGAAAAAAGAAUCGUAUUCGAUGUUUCUUCGAUAUCUUUCUUCAAAAAUACACAAUUAUGACAACUGUUCAGUAUUUACAUAAACCUAUUGAUAUACGUAUGGUUAGUACGCAAAGUGCCUGUAAUGAAUGGGCAGUGUAAAUAUCUUCGUUAAUCAAAAUCGAAUGAUUUUAAUAAAUUACUUAGAGUACGAUCUCCGACCGAUUAGGUAUUAAGAGAUUAAAAUUAUAUUUUUAUAUAAAUUAUAAAACAUACACAAAUAUAAAAGUAACAAUUAAAAAAUCGCACUUAAUGACAUAGCUGUUGUAAAAACAAAGAAAUAAAAUGACAGCUUCUGUCAAAGUAUCAAAUCAGUGUUGCCACGUUAUAAAAGUAACUUUUAAAAAUAUAGAAAAAAAAACUAAAAUUCCAAAAAAAUAAUGCUUUUAUUUUCAUUUAUUCAUAUUUAUUGUACAGUAAAUACAUUUUUUUUGUGAAUCUUUACUGCCAUGCUUAGAUAUGGACACUUAAAUAAGUUACUUAAAGAAAUCUAACUAGUCUUAGGCACAUUUAAACUUUAGAUUAAGUUAUCAUCUCAGAUUAUGCUUAUAGACAAUAAUUGUAUUAAUAAUAAUUUAGAUAACAAAUAAAUAGGUAACAUUUUAUUCAAUAUGAAAUAUUUGAAGGAUUCAAGUUUAAAAGUAAACUCUAUUGCUGAAGAAUUAAAGUGUAAAAUUGUUUGCGCAGAAUCGUUCAGUCAAAAAUCUGGAUGAUUAUUCAAUUACCAAUCGAUUUUGCUCUUUAAGGGCUUUGUAAUAGAGUUUAUUUCUAAAAAUAAAUCUGGAAUGUCAACAGGAACUUCAUAAAUAGGUAUUAAACCUCUUUAAUCAUAACAUUUUUGAAAAAAAGCACAAUUAUUUCAUUUUUCAAAUCGUAGGUGAAUAAUAAGGAUACAUAUUAUUUUAAGCAUUUGUUGUCAGAUUUUUAUGAACUCGUAGAUCUUCUAUUAAACACGACAUUUUUUAAACAGUUUCAUUCUUACACUGGGCUUUACGUAGUAUUGCGACUUAAUAUCAGCAGUGUUGCCAUGUAAAAUAAUAUCAACAACAAUAGUAGAAAAUACGUAAUCAUUACCUUCUUUUAAAACCUAAUAAUUCUAUCAGGUUUUAAUGACGCUACAUACAGUUGCCAUUUACAAAAACAAAAUAGUUGCCAAA